AUGUCAUCAUCAUCACCUCCACCAUCAUUAAACCAUCAUCAAAAUGUUGAGGAGGAAAUAAUUAUUCGAAACAAUCCACAACAAGAAGAACAACAACAGCCUUUGCAUCAACAUACUGCUGCUGAGGAACAAUCUUUAUGUAAUUUAAAUAACAACAACAGUACUACUAUUAGUUCUUCUCUUCCAUCCACUACCACUUCCAAUAACAAUAAUAAUAAUAUUGAUAUUGAUAGUAAUAAUAGUACUGCUAAUAUUGUAUCAACUAGUCAAACAUCAUCAUCCUCAUCAUCAAAUAAUGUACAAAUUAAUAAUAAUUUAGAAUCGUCGAGUCUUCAACAACAACAACAAUCAAAUAUUGAUAACAAUAAUACUAUAACAACAACAACUAGUCAAAUAGAAGGUACAUCAAUUGAACUUCAACAACAAGAAGAAGAGGAAAUUACUUCUACUAAUAAUAUAAAUAAUAAUGAUAUUACAACCACUAAUACUACUACUACUACCAUUACUAAUAAUGAUGAAGAAGAAAAAGAAGAACAAGUAAUAAGCAAUCCAUUUCAUCUUGUUAAAGAUUGUAAUGAAUUACCAAUUAAUGAACGUUAUCAUUCAGAUUUAAGACCAUUCUUAGAAAGAUUGGAAGAACAACCAAAUAGAUUUAAAUCAAUUGAUCAAGAAACUGUUAAUAUGAUUCUAGGAGAUUGGAUGGUUUUAACAAUGGAUCAUUUAUCUAAUUAUAAACAAGUUGCACCACCUUAUUUGUAUUGUAAACAAAUUAAUAAUCAAUAUCAACAACAAUCAUCAUCAUCUCUUUAUGAAAAUGAAUUGGAAAGACAUUUAUUAAUGAUUGGUAAUCCAAAUAGAUUAGCUAUGGGUCAAUUACAACCUCAACAACAACCAACUAUAACCAUUGGUAAUAAUAAUCAUAGUAAUAAUAACAUUGCUACUAAUGCUAGUGGUGUUGGUGUUGGUGGUUCAAUAACUACGCAACAACAACAUUUAACAUCACCAUCAACAACUGCAAAUAAUUUAAAUGUGUUAAGUUCUAAUGAAUUAACAUAUAGUGAAGAUAUUGAAGAUGAUGAUGAAAUUGAAGAAUUGGAAAAGACAGCAACACUUUCGAAUAGAAAACAAAAUCAAAAUUUACUUAAAGUUGCACCAAAUUCACAAUCAGAUUUAUCAAAUGAACAUUUUAAUACUCAAUUGAGUAAGAAAAAUGUUUCACAAGGUAGUUUUAAUUCUAAUCUAAGUGCUAGUUAUAACAAAUUUUCACUUUCAGAUCAAGCUAUUAAUUUAAAUAAUUCUGAAUAUAAUAGUUCAAUUGGUAUGCCACGUUAUACUAGUCAACCAAUUAAUUUUACACAACCUAGAGAUUUAUUUGCUGAAAAAUUAUCAAAACAAGAAUUAAUCACUUCACACCAAUCGCAUUCACAACAACACUCUCCACAAUUGAAUGGUACUACUACUCAUGACGAUGAAGAAGAUAUUAAUAGUAAUAGUGAAGAUGAUUCAUCGAGUAUAAUGGUAUUAGGUGAUAAUAUUAAUAAUAUUAAUGAUCAUUUUGCAUUUUCACCAAAUACACGUUCAAUGUAUGAAGAUAUGGGUAAAUCAACAGUGAUUCAAUUACAAGGAUCUUAUCGUCAUCAAACUCUAUUGGAUAGAGCUGUUAGAUCAUCAUUUUCAUCAAAUCCAUAUAAUUCACCUGCUAAUAGUAGAAAUCAAAUGACAUCAAGUUCAAGUAAUUUAAGUCCAAUCUCAAGUAAGAGAAUGACAGCUGAAAUGAGUUCACAAUCAUUCACUCAACCACAUCCAGAAAGAAGUACAAUUGCUUCCUUUGAAGAUUUAGGUCAUACGAGAAGAGGAAGUGUAUUUGGUAGAAUUGACAGUGAUGAUGAAGAUGAAGAUAAUCCAUUAAAUAAUAAUACAGCAAGUACAAAUACAGGUGGUGAUUUUGCAAGUCCUAGAAAUCAUCCACCAACUGAUGAAGAUUCCUUCGAUCAAUCACAUUCAAAUCAAUCAAAAGGUUCACGUGUUAGAAGUAUUGGUCAUAUUUCUGAAUUGAAUAAGCAAAAACAAGUUAAUAGAGCUUCAUUCUUUGAUUUUAUUAGAAGAAAACCAAAGAAGGAAUUUGAAAGCUCAACCAAUUCACUCGAUGAAUCAACAAGUUAUUCAAAUAAUAAUAAUAAUACUAUUGGUACUACAGGACAACAAACUGUUAGUAUGAGUGCUGGUAAUUUCUCAAAUCAUCAUCAUCACGAUAUUGAGAAGAGUAAAAUGGAUAUCAUUUCAGGUGAAUCAGUUUCACAACUUCAUGAACAACUCUACGGAAAGAAGAAGAAGAAUGAAUCAGUUUUUACAAAACUUAAAGCUAAAGGAAUUAGACCUAAAGAUUUAAAAAGAAUUGAAGGAUUUAAAUUUAAAGAAAAUGUCAUUACACAAUAUGAAUUAGAAAAUCCAUAUAGAGUAAUUUCCUAUUAUAAUAAUGAUUUUAUUUGGAAUGGUGGACAGGAAAUUGAAAGAUGUCACAGAACUAGAAAAGUUCAACCACUCUAUAAUAAUAUUGAUAAGAUGAUGUAUUUAAUAUUUGAAUAUGAAGAUUUUGUACUUUCAAAAUUUGGUUUACCUGAACCUUUAUUUUGUAAAGUUUCACUCUAUGAUAUCAAAUCUGAAGUUAAAUUGACAGAAGAUUUUUGUUUCUUUAUUGAACCUAAACAUUCUCUAUCAAGUAGUGAUGGAUUUUCAAUGAACAAAUUGGCAAAUUCCACACAGAGACAUAUUAAGAAUAUUAACAAGAGACAAAAUUUUGAAAAGGCAUCUGCUUUAUUUGUAUUUGAAAAACCAGAACAUACAGAAGUUUACAUUUCAUUCACCAUUGAAAAGGUAUUUUGUGGAGGUUUAAUAGAAGAUGCAUGGAAAGCCUAUAAAUCCAAUAAUGAAAAGUUAAUGAAGAAAUAUCUCACACAAAUGAAUGAUUAUUGGAGAGCGAGUAUGUUGAGACAACCAUUCAUUGUAAUGGGUCAAAAGAUUUUCUAUGAAAAUCGAGAUGAAAAUGAUAAUUCUUCCAUUGAAAUAUUAGAAGGUCAAGUUAAAAUUAACAAGGCCUAUAGAAUACCAUCACAUUCUUCAAGUUCAUUUGAUGUAUUAACAUUCUUAAAAUGGUUAUCAAGUAAUGGUUCAACUAAUUUACCUAUUCAAGGUAGUGGUGGCAGUGAUUUUUCAACAACAUUUAAUAUGGAUGAUGAUAAGAAUAAUCUCCCAAUUCGUUUCCUAUUUCAAACUAAUACAGCUACGAGAGAUAAAUUAGCAUCCUAUUUACAUGCCUUCUCCACUCGAAAAUCCAAAGCUUCCUCUCAACAAUCUCAUACCAGUAUGCGAUUCAAGAAUGAUUUUUCCAUGUUUAAAACAGAUCAGGAUGAUCAUGUCAUUGAAACUGUUAUGAAAAGAUUGGACAAAUCGAAGGGAUCAUUCUCUGUUCUCGAUACAUUUUACAAAUUAUUUCCAGUUGUUGAAUCACUUCAUAACUCUAAAGAUUAUUAUCAAUUUGAUUUUAAUUUAAGAAAUACUUUAUAUAUUUAUUUAGAUACAUGUGAAUUAUCUUCACUUUCUAAAACUGGUAAUAUUUAUAUUAAAGUUUCAUAUAAGAAGAAUGAUAUGAUCACUUCAACAAGAGAAUCUAGAAUGGCAGAUUCAUUUAAUGAUUCUAAUAGAUUUAACUAUUUUUAUUCUUCAAUCACAUUUAAGAAAAUUUCACCUCAAUUUUAUGACGAAAUUAGAUUGGAAAUUCCAUCAUCUGCCAAUAUUGUUGACAAGUCACAUGUUUUAUUUGAAUUUUUUGAUUUGGAUAUUUCAAAAGGUUUAGAUGGAAAAGCUCCACAAAAUAGUGAUAUGGAUAUUUCAUCUGAUGGUAUUACAAAUACUCAAUUAAUUGGUUUUGCAUAUUUAAGAGAUGUUACUAAUCAUUGUAUUGUAAAAGAUGGUUAUCAUACUUUAACAAUAUUUAAAUCACCAAAAUUAGUUGAUAAUUAUUUAAGUUUACAAACAGAUAUUCCAAUGUCACAUUCAUCUUAUUUAAAUAUCAAAACAAAAGCGUUAACUUCUUUUUAUACUCAAGAUCCAUUUGCUGCUUCAUUCCUUGAUGCAUGUGAUAGAUUUUACAAUACAUUUGAAUCUACUAAAAAGAAUGAAGAUGUUAAUAGAGAGGAAAUAUUAUUAGAUGUCAUGUCAAAGUUAGAUAAUUUAAGAGAUGCUAAUUUUGCAGAAUUAUUGAAUCACACUCCAAAAGUAAUUAAUGGUCUUUUAACUUUAUUAUCAACAUUGGUUAUAAUUAAGAAUUUUAAUCAAUAUGGAACUAGAACUAAGGUUAUUGUACCUGAAAUUAUUUCACGUGCCAUGUCAUGUUUGUUAUUCUUUUUAAGUGGAAUUGAAACUGUUUCUUCUUCAUUUGGUAGAAAUAAUUAUUACAUUUCAACUUUUAUUUCUUACUUUUCAAGACAAUAUCCAGAUAUGGAAGAACCAUUAUACAAAAUGUUAAUGGAUGAAAUGUUAAAUUUCAUUCAAAAUUGGCAAGAAUCAAGACAAAAAGAUAGAAAGAAACCAAUCAUAGAGUUGGGAGUCUUUUCACCAAAGGUUUCUGAUCUCAAUUUUAAACCACAAAAUGGUUUGGCAAAGAAUAUUGAUUCACACAAACAAAUUUCUACCUUUUUAUUCACCUCGAUGGAAACUAGACCCAAUGGAAAACAAGCAGAGGGUCAAGUGAAGGAAUUUAAGGAUUUUAUCACACGUGAGAGGAGAAAAGUAUCCAACACUUCUUCAACUGGCAGCAGCAGUGGUGGUGGCAGCAGUAGCAAACAAAAACAAAUUGUCAUUGACGAUUUCAAUACUCAAAAGAUUAUUGCUGAGGCAAAUCCUAGAAAAGUCUCUGAAAUUUCCUUUACUGGAGUUGAUGUAAUCAAAUUUGGUUGGUUCUUCUUUGAUUUGAUUACAAAGAAUAUUCACAUUGUGAGAGAUGAGGAAUUUAAAAAGGUUUCCUCUCAACAAUUUGAUCCAAACAUUUUCAUGAGUCGAUUGAAACAAUUAAUUCACACCAUUGCACCUCUCCUAUUGGAGUGUUAUGAGAAGAGAUUUAAAGAUGCAGCUAUUUAUGCAGCUGCUACCAAUUUUAAUUUGGAUUUUUCAUUAUUUUUGAGAGAUUUAGUUCCAAUUCUUGAUUUUAAAUAUAUUAGAGAAAUAAUGAUUGAAUAUUUUAGUUAUUUCCAAGACAAGUUAUCAAAUGACAAGACAAGAGAUGUUGCAAUUUUCUAUAUUUUACAAUUUCUUGAAUUAUUUAUUGAACAUGAUGAUAUUUUCUUUAUUAUUCAAAAUUCUGAGAAUCAAUUUAUAAUUUCCAAAUUAAUUGAUUGUAUUAUUUAUGGUUUAACACAAAAAACUGAUGAAUUGAAAGGUUUAUCAUUGAGAAUUUUAAAGAAUCAUUUAACAAAAUUAGAUUUUGAUUCUAGAAUUCAAUCACAAAAAGAUCGAAAUUUUAUUGGAAAUUUAUAUUUUGAUUUUGUUAAAAAAGUAAUUGAACAAAAAGAUUCAAUUUCUGAUUGUAUUACAUUUAAAGAUGAAUUGGGAGAUUUAUUUGCAUGUUUUUAUCACAUUUUAAAGAAUUCAAGUGAUGAAAAGAUUGUUGAAUAUUUCUCUUCACUUGAAUCUGAAAAAAUUCUUUCAUUAGUUGACAUUUUACAAGUAACUGUCAUGUUAAUGAAUAUUCAUAAUCAAAAUCAAGUACAAAUUUGUUUUCAUGAAGUUUAUAUGGAAUUAUUUAACAAGAUUAUUGUAAAUUUAUAUUUAAAACCUAAAAGUGAAAUAUUUAGUGAAAAAACAAAUCAACUUUUAUCUAAAUUUAAAGAUUUACUAAUUAAUCAUUUAUUAGGAGGUCAAGGUCAAGGAGGUUUCAGUGAUGAAACAUGUUCAAUGGAAAUGAAACAAUUAAUUGAUGAAUUGACAAUUUCAAUUUAUGAAAAUGAUUCACAAACUUUAGUUUUUUAUGAAAUUUUUGACAAGUCUUUACAUUUCCUUUUAUCUGUUGUUUUAUUAUCUCCUUAUUUGGAUUCAGAACAUAAGAGAGUUUUAUUUCAAUCUUAUUUAGAACCAUUUUUAGAAACUUUUAAACCUUUUAUAUUUAUUAAUGAACAUAUUAAAUUAAAUGAUAUUAAUAUUAAUAGUAAUAAUAAUAACAAUAGUAAUAAUACUAAUAAUAAUAAUGGUGGUAAUAAUAGUGAUGUUAAUAAUUCUAAUGAAAGUAAUAUUAAACUAUCAACAACAACAACAAAACAAUUUAACAUUCCAACACAAUUAACAGCUAAAAUUGGAAUGUCACAUUUAACAUUUGAUAAAACACAUUUAACACAAUUACUUUCAGAUAGAAAUCCUAAAUGGAAAUCAAUAUUAGCAAGUGUAUUAUCCUAUUGUUAUUUCCCAACUUUGACUGAAACUUUUUCAAGUGUUCGUGAUGUCUUGUACGAUUUGAUUGAAAUUUAUCAACAUGAACAAGUUGAUUCAAUUGAAGAUUUAAUACAAAAACAACAAUCACAUAAGGAAUAUCUAUUAAAAUUGGGUGGUACUUUACAUGUUAAUAGAGAUACUCCACAUUUAUCAGUUGAGGAGUUGGAAAAGAUGAAUUUUUCAAAAUUGGAAAAUCUUGUUGAAAAAUUAUUUAUCAAUCCAAAUAUUUAUACAAAUAGUUUACUGCUAUCAUCAUCUAAUAAUCAAGUAUCAUCUCCAAUUAAUAACAAUACUCAAUCAAGUAAUAGUAAUUUACAAUCAAAUAUUUCAAAUGGUAGUGGUGGUGCAAAUGUUGCUAACAACAAUAAUUUGGAUUUUAAAUUAACCUAUGCAGAGAUAUUCUUUUCAAGUUAUUUAUUCUUUACAACACCACAUCAAUUAUUGCUCAUGAUUCGUCAGAUUUUAUUUAAAUUUGCUCAAGAUCCUGAAAUUGAACAUAAGAGUGAAAUGGUGUUAAAUAUUACACUUUCAAUCAAGUUGUGGAUUGAAAAACAUUUCACAGAUAUGACACAACCAUUCAUUUGUAAUUUAAUUCAAUUUUUAGAUAAUGAUUUGACACUUGUUAUUAAACAAGUUGCAUUUGAAUGUUUUUACUUGUUAGAACAAGUUAAAUCAUCACUCAUUAAUUGUUUAUUGGGAAUUAAAGAACAAUCCAAUGAAGAUUCUAAAAAGAAACCAAAUCCAAUCAUUCCAAAUGGAUUUUCCAAAUUGAAAUUGAAUUUACUAACUUCAUUUGUUCCUUCAUUUGAUUUACUUGCAUGGAAUUCAACUGAAAUUGCAAGACAAUUAACUUUAAUAGAUUUUGAAUUCUUUAAACAAAUUGAUAAUAAGGAAAUUUGUGCAUCCACCAAACAAAAAGAUUAUUUACCACAUCUCUCUUCACUAUUAGAGAGAAAGAGAGAUUGUGAAUUGUGGGUUGUGACUUUAAUUUUACGUGAAAGAGAUUUAAAUAAGAGAAUUGAAAUUAUUAACAAAUUUAAUCAAAUAUGUGAAGAAUUAUUUGCCAUGAAUAAUUUAUUUGGAUUAUAUUCAAUAUAUUGUGGAUUGAGUAAUCAUGCCAUUUUGAGAUUAAAUAAGAGUUGGUCAAAGGAAUCUAAAAAGAUUUAUCGUUUAUAUCAUGAAACUUACUUUUCAGAUAAAAAUCCACAAGCAAGAGAGAAUUUAAUUAAUCGAUUAAAUUCAAUUAAAUUACCAAUCAUUCCAUUGGUAAAUUCCUAUUUAGAUGAAUUGAAAGAAUGUGAUAUUGAACCUACCUUUAGACAAUCAAAUGGUACUAUAUUUAUUAACUUUGGUAAAUGUAUUAAAUUGGUAGAGAUUUUACAACACUUUAAGAGUUAUCAAGAAGUUGGAUAUAAUUUUGAAUCUAUUCCAUAUUUAAUUAAGAUUUUAUGUGUUGAUGUUCCAUCAGAUUUAAUUCAAACUCAAUCAGAAGCAUUAGAACUUUCAAAUCAAUUAGAAUCUGAAUAA